AUGGAGGGAGAGAGAAGGAAAAGAAAAGUGGAGGAAGAAAAAGAAGAAGAAAACGAAGACGAGAAGAUGGAGAAUUUUUUCGCGCUGAUCAAAAGCAGCAGGGUGGUGCGGGAACGCAUGGCCGCCGCGGAAAACAGGGGGAAGGCCGCCGGAGAUCUUCGGCCUCCGGCGGCGGCGGCGUGGAACCCCACAUUCAGGCUGGAGGAUUUUCUGGAGCCGGCGGCGGAGAAAGCCGAGGCAGGGCCUUCUUUUGCGGAGGGAGAUAAACAGGAAAUUGCCGGCACCGACGACGGCGAGAAGGCGAUUGGAGAUGAUAAAGGCUUAGAUCUCAAUCUGUCUUUGUAA